AGCGAGGGCGGGGCUGCGCGCGCGAGGCCCGUGGCUCCCCGUGGCGUCCGCCGCUGGGCGCGAGUGGCUGCUGAGUGCGGGUGGUUGGGCGUGCGGGGCCAGCAGGCACGCGCGUGCGCGGCGCCGAGAUCCCUGGGGAAGUAGGGGAGCGGCCGACGCCGAACCGCACGCACAGGCCGGCGGCGCGCGCGAGGGCGGGGGUGGUGCGUUCGUGUGUGCGCGUGAGUGUGUGUAUGUGUGUAGAGCUCUGGUGCGGUGCGCCAGCCGCCAGUGCCCGGGUGCGAGUCCCCCUUCGUCUUCCACACCCUCCCUCCGUCCCCGUUCCUUCCCUGCCACCCUCCCGCGCCCCCACGGCCGCAAGCCGAGCAGAAGCCCAGGGAAGCAGGUGUGGGGGGGCGGGCGGGGUCGCACGAGACAAAGGGGCCCGGGGGUCAGCCCGCCAUGGCCGCCCGGAGCCUGGGGGGCCUGGGAGGGAGCCGCGGCGGGGGCGGCGGCGGCAAGAAGAGCCUGAGCGCCCGCAACGCCGCCGUGGAGAGGAGGAACCUGAUCACGGUGUGCAGGUUUUCUGUGAAGACCCUGAUUGAUCGGUCCUGCUUUGAGACAAUUGAUGAUUCUUCUCCUGAAUUUAACAACUUUGCAGCCAUUUUGGAACAGAUUCUAAGUCACCGGCUGAAAGAGAGUUCCCAAAGUUGCCGAUGGCUGUCUCAUCUGCAAAUACCUCUCCAAGGUCAAGUAACCUGGUUUGGUUACGGAAGUCCUCGUAGCUUCUGGGACUAUAUCAGAGUGGCUUGCCGGAAAGUUUCACAGAACUGUAUCUGCAGCAUUGAAAAUAUGGAACAUGUCAGUUCCUCCAGAGCUAAGGGUAGAGCCUGGAUCAGAGUAGCACUCAUGGAAAAACAUUUGUCUGAAUACAUCUCUACAGCUCUGAGAGACUUCAAAACAACCAGGAGAUUUUAUGAAGAUGGAGCAAUUGUUUUGGGUGAGGAAGCAAAUAUGCUUGCUGGCAUGCUCCUUGGACUCAAUGCUAUUGAUUUCAGCUUCUGCCUAAAGGGAGAAAGAUUGGAUGGCAACCUUCCUGCUGUAAUAGACUAUAUACCAUAUUUGAGGUUUACCCAAAGUUCUGAUAGUAUCAGCAGUGACGAGGAAGAGCUGAGGACUCUGGGAAGCAGUGAUAGUGAGAGCAGCACUCCAGAGAAGGUCGGGCCUCCAGUCAUCAUGGAUGAGAACAGUUGGUUCAACAAGUGUAAGAGAGUCAAACAGAAGUAUCAGCUCACCCUGGAACAGAAGGGUUAUCUUGAAGAACUCUUACAACUUCGAGAGAACCAGCUGUCUGAAUCUGUCGCUCAGAAUAAAAUACUACUACAGAGGAUUGAAGAUUCUGACCUGGCUCAUAAACUGGAGAAGGAACAAUUAGAAUAUAUAAUUGUGGAGCUUCAAGAUCAGCUAAAAAGUUAUCAGAGCCUUGACCAGUUAUCAGCUGAGGUUAGCCUUUCUCAGACGUCACUGGAUCCAGGUCAGUCACAAGAAGGAGAUGGAAAACAAGACACAUUAAAUUUAAUCAGUGAAGGUAAAGAAGAUACUCCCUCAUUACUUGGUCUCUGUGGGUCUCUAACAUCAGUGGCAAGUUACAAAUCUCUAACAAGCCUAAAAUCAAAUGACUACCUUGCAAGUCCUACAACAGAGAUGACAAGUCCAGGUCUGACUCCAUCCUGAAAAAUUGUAUGUAAAAGCCAGAAGUUUUUAUGUUGCAAAUAUUCCAUAUACGUAAGUUUGACUGCUGGGAAAAUCUUUGGAAUUUUAUAUUGUUCUGGGACAUGUCUGGAAUUCUGUUGCUUAUAUGAGAGAAUUUAGUCCACUCCAUGUAAACUUCUGGGUGAAAAAAAAAAUGCUGCCAUUUUUCAUUUUAAAAUGAUUAUAUUUGUGACUGAAGUUUAAAACACAGGCUUAGAAAACUUUCAGAUAUCCUCUAAUAAUCCAUUGCAAAUUGUACAUAUUUAUUAUUCAGCUGAUUUUCAUAUAUUUAAAUGUAUCACAGUUGCCAGAGACGGAGUUCAAGGUUUUACUCCAGACAUUUAAGUAUUUUCUUUUGCUCGCUUAUUCAACUGCAUUUUCUAAAAAUGACUUCCUUCAGUUUUCAUCCACUCCCUCCCAGGUCCCUUGUCUUUGAGGAGAAAGGUUCUCAGCAGUUUGUUCAGUGUAACAGCUGCCGUUUAGCAUCAACCUAACACUCCAUUCAACAUUUUAUACAUUUUGUAGGACGUGCCUUUAGGCAGUUACUAAAUUUGUUCAGGCCACAGGGAAAGUAUUUUACAGUAUUUUAGGCCAUUUAGGUAAAUGAAUAACAUUUCAUUUUCUCAAAAUUUCCUUUAAAGUUUACCAAUUUAAAAAUUGAUCACAUUUAUGUCCCAUAAACUGGAAAAACUUAAAGAUGUAGAACAGAUGUUGAAAACACUUUUAUCAGGAGAGAUUUCAAGUUCGUUUAAGGAUUUGAGAAGUUUUAAAAUAAGGAUCAGUAGGCUAAUCACCAUACUUAACAUCUGACAUCCAGUGCUGUUUUUCUCUUGUGUGCAAGAAAGAAUUGUGUCUUACGUGCUUUAACAGCUUCUGUCAUUAGUCAUGCCAUAAUCUCAUUUUAAAACUGACCUUAAAAAUUACUAGUUAAAAAUUAGUUUUAUUAAAAAGCUCUGAGCUGUCUUUUAAAUUUUUGCAAAUUUUGAAACAACUGUACAUUUGGUCCCCCCAAAUUCCACCAUGUUGAAAGAGGAAACGUAUGAAGUAUAUUUUCUAGAGUAAGUAGUAUGAGGGAAACAUGAUCAAUUGUGCCAAAGAUGUUUUAUACAUUGUUUACAUGAAGAGGCUACUACAAUACUUAUCUGGGCCUUCAUAUGCUAUUUUUUGUUAAUAAAACACUACAUUCAAACUUAGUAACUUUGACUAUAGAAAGAACAUUCCUCCUAAAAUAUUGAGAAAAGCAGUACUUACUACAUUAUUCUUUGUAUUAGAAAUGUGGGAGUGUGGUGGCUCUCUGCAAUACUUUACUCUCAUUAUUCAGAAUUUAAGAUGAUAAACAGUAACAAGGCUACUCUUAUGUUAAGACAGUUCAGUGUCAUUUCAGGGACAAAGAAGACCUGCAAGCCCUUAAAAGAAAUUAUUUAGAGGCAUCAGAACAUACUCAGAGCUUCCUUCCUUUAGCUUAAGUCUUUAGCACUUGUAGUAAUGCAAAUAUUCUUGAGAAAUGGUACCAUCAAUCUAGUCUAAUUCUGUAUACCUUCUUGUGAAUGAUGUAUCUACAGCAGUUUGUAACUCAGCAAGGGGAAUGGAAGGAAGGUUGAAACAAGGGUACUGGAAACCUUGGGAGGAGCGAAGGAGAAACGAUUAAGGGCGGGGGGAUCUUCAAAAAUUUUAGGCUGGCCUUAAGCACUGUUGCUGCUGCUUUCCUAACAACGGUCAGACUAUUUAAAUGCUUUCAUUCAUGGUCCACUCUCAAAUGACAUUAUCCUUCAGUAAUUAAAGAAAAUCACUGUUACAUUUUCCAUACAUGUUUAUAAUACAGAAAGGAAAUACGGGAUUCCAUAAUUGAUCAUAAUUUUCAGAUUUGUUCUAAUGUGCACAGAAUCUUGUGCAUCUUAACGUGCUGCUGAACGCAGAUUGAAACAUGACAUCUGAGGACAGUGACGUUUUCUCCUUUCUUGGAGCUCUUGGUAUAAAAUGGAUCUGCUAAUGUGACUUCAGGUUUCUACACAGUUCAUUUCACGCUAGUUUUAGAGAUAGUUUGUUAACGUUUGCAUGAGGUAUGUCUCGAUCUUCAGUAGUGUUCACUGUCCACACACCCUCCCCUAAACAGAAUGCUGAACUAUAUGCUACUAUUUCCAUGUGUAUUUUGUUGCCUUGAUGUACAAUACUUGUUGCAUGUAUAUUAAACAUUUUGUACCA